AUUGGCUACCGUGGUGGGCUCUGUCAGAGCCCGAUUGGCCGGCAGCGGAGACGGAAGCGUCCACGGGCCGAGUUGCCAGAGCCCGGCCGGGGCGAUGUGGAGCGCGGGUUGCCGGCGAGCUGCCGGACCGGCGCUGCUGGGGCUGCUGCUAGCGCUCUUGGUGCCGGGCAGCGGUGCCGCCAAGACCGGCUCGGGCCUCGUGACCUGUGGGUCGGUGCUGAAGCUGCUCAACACGCAGCACCGGGUGCGGCUGCAUUCGCACGACAUCAAAUACGGAUCCGGCAGCGGCCAGCAGUCGGUGACCGGCGUGGAGGCGUCCGACGACGCCAACAGCUACUGGCAAAUCCGCGGCGGCUCGGAGGGCGGGUGUCCGCGCGGGUCUCCGGUGCGCUGCGGGCAGACGGUUCGGCUGACUCACGUGCUCACCGGCAAGAACCUGCACACGCACCACUUCCCUUCGCCGCUGUCCAACAACCAGGAGGUGAGCGCCUUUGGGGAGGAUGGCGAGGGUGAUGACCUGGACCUGUGGACAGUGCGCUGCUCAGGGCAGCACUGGGAGCGGGAGGCUGCAGUGCGCUUCCAGCACGUGGGCACCUCUGUGUUCCUUUCGGUCACCGGUGAGCAAUACGGGAGUCCCAUCCGUGGGCAACACGAGGUGCACGGCAUGCCCAGCGCCAACACUCACAAUAGGUGGAAGGCCAUGGAAGGCAUCUUCAUCAAGCCCAGCAUGGACCCCUCUGCAGGUCAUGAUGAACUCUGAGUGCUCUGGAUGGGUGGAUGGAGGGCAGAAGGAUGGGUUGACUGCAGACCCACUCUUGGGGGAAACUUUGGGUUUGUAGGGAUUCUUAAGUGCCUUUAUGAUUAAAGAAUGUUGGUCUAUG